AUGGCGUCACGAGAUUCCCCUGCUUCCCCCUUUCCCGACUACUCGGACCGCGAGUCCAUCAAACAUGAAAGCCGCGCGCCGUCCCCGACGGCUGCCAACCUUCCUCCGUCAAAGCGUCGCCGCACCGGAGCAGCCACUUGGGACCGUCAGACCCCUUUAUCCUCGAUGCAAGACGAGAUUCCCCCGCCCGGGUCGCCCACGGCCUCUAUCUCUUCCGACACGGACGGAGACAUCCCUAACUCCCCUAGUCUAGCCGGAUUGCUGGGCAACAACCAAGACGAUGACUAUAAUGGCCAUAGUGGCGACCAAGUUACCGUAUGCCUCUGGGAAGGUUGCACAGCCGGUGACUUAGGUAACAUGGAUGGAUUGGUGCAGCACAUCCACACUGAGCACAUCGGGAGCCGGCAGAAGCGGUACUCCUGCGAGUGGAGCGAAUGCAAUCGCAAAGGCCAAACGCAUGCCAGUGCCUAUGCAUUGCGGGCUCACAUGCGGAGUCAUACUCGAGAGAAACCUUUCUACUGUACUCUCCCUGAAUGUGACCGCAACUUCACCCGGUCGGACGCCCUGACGAAGCACAUGCGUUCCGUUCACGAAAUCGACUCCCUCCGAUCAGCAGACUCGAAGUCUACAUCGGGUGGCGGCACCGGGAGCGUCGCCGGAACCCCAGCUUCUAAGCUCCAGCGUAUCCGUCUGAAGCUCUCCCACCCGCCCCGCGAACCAGGCGCUGAUAGCCCACACCUCCCUCAUCCUGAAGCUAUUCUCUCCGCGCCCGGUGCUAUUGAUACCUCUGAUGUUGAUGAAAUGACGAUGCCCGAACUGGGCCCCGAACAUGGCUUCGACGAGGAAGAGCUGAGGCUCAAUCCCCGUGACCUCUACCGAGUCCUCCGGCGAGAAAUUGCUUGGGAAGAGCGUGAGUCGGAAAAACUAAAGGCGGAAUGGGACGACUUGCGCCCAAAGCGUGAAGACGCAUGGCGGGAGAAGAAUUGUAUCUUCGAUGAUCUAACUGCGGUAGAACUGCGUCUUUUCAAUGUGCUUCUCGGCUCGGGGGGCGUCCCUGCUUCCGCAGACAUCGCAGGUACAUCGAACACUUUGGAAAAGCUCCAACGACAACAACAACAAUUUCAGCAGCAGCAGGAUGAGUUACAUCUAAAGGGGGCGGAGAAGGAGGAGAGAGACAUGGAGGUGGAACCGUCCGCUGCGGCUGCAUAG